UCCAAUCAGACCUCCGGGACGGGAUGUGUCUGUCGUCCUGCCUCGAGUGCCCCGCCUGCCCCUAGCGGUCCCCGGCGUCCGGGUUCCAGUCACGCUCACUUGCGCCGGUCGCGGAGAAAUCGUUCCGGGACAUGGACUCAGUGGUCUUUGAGGAUGUGGCUGUGGACUUCACCCUGGAGGAGUGGGCUUUGCUGGAUUCUGCUCAGAGGGACCUCUACAGAGACGUGAUGCUGGAAACCUUCCAGAACCUGGCCUCAGUAGAUGAUGAAACUCAGUUUAAGGCCAGUUGUUCAGUUUCUCAGCAGGAUAUUUAUGGAGAAGAAAUAUCCAAGGAAUCUAAAAUAGCAGAGUUCACCAGAAAUGUUUCCUGGGCCUCUGUUUUGGGGAAAAUUUGGGACGAUCUUAGCAUUGAAGAUCAGCAUGCAAACCAGGGGAGAAAUCUCAGAAGUCAUGUGUUGGAGAGAGUCUGUGAAAGUCGUGAUCAAUGUGGAGAAGACUUCCGCCAGAUUCCAGACCUGCAUCCAUACAAGAACAUUCCUCCUGGAGUGAAACAGUAUGAAUACAACGCAUACGGAAAAGUCUUCAUGCGUCGCCACACAUCCCUCAGGAGUCCUGUCACGGUUCACACCGGACGCAAACCACAUCAGUGCCAGGAAUGCGGGCAGGCCUACAGUUGCCGUUCACACCUAAGAAUGCAUGUGAGAACCCACAAUGGAGAGAGACCUUAUGUGUGUAAAUUAUGUGGGAAAACCUUCCCUCGUACCUCUUCCCUCAAUCGGCAUGUACGAAUCCACACUGCUGAGAAAACCUACGAAUGUAAGCAAUGUGGGAAAGCCUUCAUUGACCUCUCCAGUCUUACUAGUCAUCUCAGAAGUCACACUGGCGAGAAGCCAUAUAAAUGUAAGGAAUGCGGGAAAGCUUUCAGUUACUCCUCAACGUUUCGAAGACACACAAUAACACACACUGGAGAGAAGCCGUAUAAAUGUAAGGACUGUGGGGAAGCCUUUAGUUAUUCCUCAACUUUUCGAAGACAUGUGAUUUCACACACUGGAGAGAAGCCACAUAAAUGUAAAGAGUGUGGGGAAGCCUUCAGUUACGCUUCGGCUUUUCGAAGACACAUGAUAACGCACACUGGACAGAAACCCUACGAAUGCAAACAGUGUGGGAAAACAUUCAUUUAUCUCCAGUCCUUUCGAAGACAUGAAAGGAUUCACACUGGAGAGAAACCCUAUGAAUGCAAACAGUGUGGGAAAACCUUUAUUUAUCCCCAGUCCUUUCGAAGACAUGAACGGACUCAUGGUGGAGAGAAACCCUAUGAAUGUGACCAGUGCGGGAAAGCGUUCAGUCAUCCCUCAUCUUUCCGCGGACACAUGAGAGUGCACACGGGAGAGAAACCCUAUGAGUGCAAGCAGUGUGGGAAAACUUUUAAUUGGCCCAUAUCUUUACGAAAACAUAUGAGAACACACAAUAGGGAGAAACCCUAUGAAUGUAAGCAGUGUGGGAAAGCCUUCAGUUUGUCCGCCUGCUUUCGGGAACAUGUGAGAAUGCACCCUGAAGACAAAUCCUAUGAAUGCAAGCUAUGUGGGAAAGCGUUCUAUUGCCACAUAUCCUUACAAAAACAUAUGAGAAGGCACACCGCAGAGAAACUCUAUGAGUGCAAGCAGUGUGGGAAAGCCUUCAGCUGGCCUGAACUUUUGCAACAACAUGUGAGAACACACACCGUAGAGAAGCCCUAUGAAUGUAAGGAAUGUGGGAAGGUCUUCAAAUGGCCUUCAUCUUUACCAAUACAUAUGAGACUGCACACUGGAGAGAAACCUUACAAAUGUAAGCAUUGUGGGAAAGCAUUUAAUUGUUCCUCAUCCUUAAGACGACAUGUGAGAAUACACACUACAGAGCACUACAAGUGCAAAGUGAGACACCCUCCUGCAAAUGAAUUCAUGUGCAAUGCUUCAGAAAAGCCACACCAGGAGAGAGAGCUGAUCAAAGUUGUAAAUGUGGUACUGCCUUUAUGAGUUCCUUAUCCUGAAAGUGCACAGUUCAGGAGUUUGUCUGUAGUUCAUUUGCAAAUAAACAUGUAGGUGAAAAGUAAUCCUCUAAAUAGUCUUAGCUAUUCUACAUGAAUUUUAACAUGUAGUUUUGGGUUUUUUUCUUACAAUUCAGUAAAUAAAACUUUCCUCUUACAUUUUUUGGACUCAUGGAUGAUUUGAAGUAUAAUAUAAUAUGCAAGUAGGUUCAGGUUUAAUUUCUUAAAUUGUAACUGACUUAGUGUGGCA